AUGGGGCAGGGCCUGACGUGUGGAGCCACGCUCGGUGUGGGACUUUCGCUGAGCGCACUGCCCGCCCGGAUUUCCCUAGCGGACCACUUAGGCAUCUGCGCCGCCGCGGCCGGAUGUGGCCUUUGCGUGGAUUUUGUCAGCGACUGCUGUGCCAGGGAGGGAGGCGUCGUCAUCCACCGUGAUGUUCUUCUGCAGGCGAAGGAUGUGUUGAGACACGUCUCCACGUUCUACACCACUUGCGAGUCCAACCCCUUCGCCCGUUUCUUUCGACAGAAGCAUGAGUGGCUGGUGCUGGAGUCGCACGGGAUGCGCUACUACACCGUUCAAAAGAGCCCUGCAACUGGCGAUGUCUUGAUGGACGUGCGGAACUCUCUUCGCGCCGCCAACGACGUGGGUCUGAGCGUCGCCGGCCGCCCCGUUCACACGGGAGAAAUUCGUCAGCACCGCGCAGAUGUAGAGUUUGAUCUUCCAAAUGAUCUGCAGGUUGCCUACGUGAUUGCGUGGCUGCGGAAGGAGGACCCGCGCUGGUCCUUUUCUACGGAGAACUCCAGGCAGUUCACAACUCGCGUGCGAUACGCACUGAAUGACUUUUAG